GAACAAGGAAGUGAAGCUGAAAAUGGAAAAAGGAAGUAAACGGACAUUAAAAUAAAAAGCUGUUUUUGAAGGGAAAAGAAAUAAGCACUUUUUUCCUUUGUUUCAAAGGAGAGACGUUUGGAUUAUGGCAAAGAAUGAGGACAGUUAGACUCCUGAUACUUCUCUGCUACUCUGUCUGUGUGACUGCAGUGACUCACUUUCUGCAGUAUUUCUACACUGGAUCUUCUGGGAUCCCAGAGUUCCCAGAGUUUGUGGUAGUCGGGAUGAUCAAUGACGUUCCAAUCAUUCACUAUGACAGCAGCAGCCGGAGAGUAGAGCCCACACAGGACUGGAUAAAAAAAGCCACAGAGGACGAUCCACAGUACUGGGCCACAGAGAUUCAAGGGUUCAAUAACACCCAGCAAACGUUCAGAGCCGAUAUUGAAACUGCGAAGCAGCGCUUCAGCCAAACUGGAGGUGUCCACGUUGUCCAGCUGUUUUAUGGCUGUGAGUGGGACGAUGAGUACGAAGAUAUUAGAGGAUUUCUUCAGUAUGGCUAUGAUGGAGAAGAUUUCAUAGUAUUUGAUCUGAAGACACAAACAUGGAUCGCUCCAAAAGAACAGGCUGUCAGAACCAAACUGAAGUGGGAUCAUGAUGAUGAUUUAAAUAUGCAGACAAAAAAAUAUUUAACUGAGGUCUGUGUUGGCUGGCUGAAGAAAUACGUGAACUAUGGUCGACACAGUUUGAAGAGAACAGUCCUUCCCUCAGUGUCUCUCCUCCAGAGGUCUUCCUCCUCUCCCGUCACCUGCCACGCUACAGGUUUCUAUCCCAACAGAGCCGAGCUGGUCUGGAAGAAAAAUGGUGAGGAGCUUUAUGAAGGUGUGCACAAAGGAGAGAUCCUCCCCAACAAUGACCAGACCUUCCAGAUGAGUGUUGAUCUGGACUUUUCAGCAGUCACACAUGAGGACUGGGACAGGUACAGCUGUGUGUUUCAGCUCUCAGGUGUGAGGGAGGACAUCAUCACCAAACUGGACAAAGCAGGAAUCAGGAGCAAUGAAGGAGGUUCUCUCUCCAUGAUCAUCCCUGUGGUUGUUGCUGUGGUCGUUCUCGCUGCUGUCGCUGUGAUUGGAUUAAUUAUUUACAAAAAGAGAACAGAGAAAUGGCCCCCAGCUCCUGUGGAGAUCCAUGAAGCCCAGUUACAAAUGCUUCCUUAUUACUGAAUUACCAACAGCUCUGCACAAAGUUUAUGGAUCAAUGUUGCACUGAAACAAGAAGCACUGCCGCCUCGCUGUCCUCCACAAACUGGAACUUCUUGGGU